AUGGCGUCCGUCUACACCGCGCCCCGCGCGCCGCUGGCCGCCACGGCCGCCUCCUUCCCCUCCUCGUCCUCGUCCUCGCGGCAGCUGGACCCCAACCCUAGCCGAUUCCUCGCUGCGCACCGCGGCCAGCGGCUCCUCCGCGUCCGCCGCCUGGCGGGCGCGGCGCCAACUCGCCGCGCCUCCGACGCCGCCCCGGUGUUCCGGUGCAGCGCGCGCAGCCCCGGCGCGGACCCCGGCGGCGGCCGACGCCGAGGCUGGGACGCUCUCUUCCACGACGCCUUCCAGGGCGCCGUGCGGAGGUGGAGCGAGUACGUCGGGAAUUACUGGCCCUCGGCACACCCCUCGAAGGAGGCGGGUCUCGCGACGGGAGCGGAGAGUUCUCACGAACUGGAGGAGCGAGGGCAAGGAGUGGAGGAAGACGGUGAGGAGGUGGACGUGGUGCAGGAAGAAGGGAAGUGGAGCUGGGAGAGGUGGAAGCAGCACUUCGCCCUCAUCCAGGAGAGCGAGCGCCUUGUUGAUGAACUGCAGCUACAACUCCGCACUGCUGUGUGUAGAGAAGACUAUAGGAGUGCCCACAAACUGAAGUUAGCUAUUGCUGCUACAUCAAGAAAUGAUACUGUCGGCAGAGCAAUAUCUGAGUUACAUAGGGCCAUAGAAGAGGAGCGCUAUGUGGAUGCAGCUUAUAUUAGAGACCACGCUGGUGCAGGACUGUUGGGAUGGUGGUCUGGGAUUUCUGGAAGUUUGUCUGAUCCAUAUGGUCUUAUAAUCCGUAUAAGCGCUGAACAUGGUCGAUACGUGGCAAAAAGUUAUGAUAUCAGGCAGCUGGCUUCAGAUGGCCAUGGUUACCCUAUAUUCGAAAUUUAUUUUGCAGAGGCAAAUGGAGGAUACAACCUGCAGGCAGUGCAUCUGAAACCAGAUGUCAGUGAUUCAGACCAGUUGCGAAAUAUGUUGAGUGGAAAACUAGAUUUCAACAAUAUAAACAUAUCUAGCAGUUCCUUAGGCGCUAAACACGAGGAACACGAUGAAGGCAUAAACAUGGACGAUCAAAAUAGCGAUGAUAGUGAUGUUGCUGCUGGUCCAGCAGGUUUGAAAAACUUGUCAAAUGAUUCAACUCCAAUUCCCAGGAUCAAAAUAUUGAAGGUAGCGCCUAUGGAAAACAUCAACCAGGACUAUAUAAUUAAAAUAUUUGACCAGAUUUCAGAGGAAGAUGAUGACAAUGAUGAAGCUGAUAUCGGAAAUGAAUCUUCACAAGAUAUUGGUGAUGAAGAUAACAAUGAAGAAGCAGGAACAAUUUCUGCAGAAGAGAAUAAUGACGAGUCUGGUGAGGAAAGUGAUAUUGAAGCAUUGUUAUCGAUUGGAAUUGAAGUUGACAAUGAUAAGGAUUUUGCUUCGCAGUCCUCACCUAGAACUUUUGAACGCAUGCCAGCUAAAUUAGACAAGAGAGACCGCUUUUCAUUUACCUUCUAUACUGAACAAUCCAGUAACAAGCCAGCUGCAGAAAAGGCUCAACACAUUCCAAGGAAACGAGUUGGCUUCCGUACCACUGAGCAGGAUGGUGAUCUCAAGUUUGAUCGUGUAAAGUUGUCUGGGGGCAAUAGGAAACUGCCGCAGAUACUACAACUUGGUAUUAAGCAACUUAAUAAUAAAGUUCAACCAAAACUAUAUGGAGUUACCCACUUCAGCCGUAUUCAGAUGCCCAUCUCUUCAGAUCCUCUUAGUGGUCUAUAUGAGACUGCAUCUGGGUUUGACUCAGAAGUUCUUAGUUUACAACGGAAAUUCGGUCAAUGGCAGGAGGAUGAUUCAUCUGAGGAGCACUCGGAUCUUAAGUUUUAUGAGUAUGUCGAAGCUGCAAAAUUGACUGGGGACAAUCUUGUGCCAGCGGGUCAGGUUGUCUUCCGUGCAAAAGUUGGCAAACACUAUCAGCUUCCUCAUAAGGGGGUCAUCCCUAGAGAACUUGGAGUGGUUGCUAGGUAUAAGGGGCAAAGGAGAAUUGCAGAUGCUGGUUUCAAAAAUCCUCGAUGGGUUGACGGCGAGCUUUUGAUACUAGAUGGAAAGUUCAUCAGAGAUGGUCCUGUGAUAGCUUUCUUCUACUGGACAUCAAAUCUCCAUCUUUUUGAAUUCUUUAGGCGGUUGAGUCUUCCUGACUAG